AUGGAUACACCUACCAUGACCAUGCUUGGAGAGGCAAGCGUCGGAUUUAAAGUCUUUCAAUUGUUUCUACGCUGGUGGCGGGCGCUAUUCGUCACCGGUAUUCUCAUAAUGAACUCUAUCUUCUUGGGCAUGAUGAAUUCUCAUGAUCUUCAUGUCAACCGGAGCAUAGUCAUUGCGGAAGGUUUUGCGGCCGCAGGUGCUGCAUGGGGUUGUAUUGAUAUGAUCUUUGGCAUCUGUUCAGCAUUUUGCUGUAUCCCUCUUAUGGCCAUUCCUCUCGAAGGUUUUAUGACGGGGUGCUACGUCUUUAUUGCCACCGUAUAUAAACAAGCUCUUAGGGACUGUAAAGGCUAUGCUGAUACACCUUUUGGGGAAAUUAUGGGCAUGGACGGAUUGCCUAGUGUUCGAGAUUCAUGUGGCAUGCAGAAGGCCAACUUCGCUCUAUCAAUUGUUGCAGCAGUCUUGUCUGGGGGUUGUAUUUUGAUGGAAAUUUUACAUACAGCCAUCUGUUGCACCGUUUUGUCCAAUGAUUUUUGA